GGUGUUUGUAUCGGGCGAAGGAGCGUGUGAUGGCGAGCCUUUAAUUUUAUGCCAUUUUUCGAGGAUUUACUUGAGGUGCGUCCCGUCCCGCGCCUUUUCCUGCUUCCUGAACACCUGGCGGGAGAGUUAAUGGUGCUUUGCUGCUGCCGGCUCCUUAACAGGGUCAGCAUCCUCAGGCGGAACAUAAACGUUGUCACUCGGGUCACCUUCCAUGAUGUCGAUGACAAUAAACAAGGCGACAAUAAUGAACGCGACUACACGGUGACAACGUCGCAUCUGAACUGAACAAAGAGCCCAACAAGCAACAAGAAGGGAAGCGGGGUCGUUGCUGUACCAUGGAGCAGCGCGCCGCCCCGCCCCACCACAAGCACGGGGGCAGCGCACAGAAACAUGCACCGCCGCCGCCGCACCAGUCCAAGAGGAACUACAAGCUGCUCAUUGACCCGGUGCUCGUCAAUGGCGCCAACAAGCUGUACAGGUUUGAGGGCGUAGUGGAGGGUGACCCCACCUACCCGCCUGUUGUGCUGCGCGACCCCAGAAAACACAAAAUAUGGAUUCGUCCGGAGACCAUGGACCUGACGGUCCCGCGCUUCAAGAUUGACUCAGACUACGUGGGUCCCCCGCCGCCCCUGGAGGUCACCAUCUUCAACAUCAAUGACAACAUAGACAGGCAGUUCCUUCAUAAUGAAAUUGUCAACAAGCACCAGUGUGGGCAGAUCCAGCAGCUUGAAAUCUUCUCCCACGACUUGUCCCGCAAGCACUUGGGUGUGGCGCGGUUGGUCUUUGAGGAGACGGAGUCAGCGAAGCACUGUGUCAAGAAGCUCAACAACGCCACACUCAUGGGGAAGGUCCUGCAGGUGUUCCUCGACCCUUUCGGCGAGGAGUGUAAGAAGCGAGUGGCGGAGGUGGGGAGCCAGCUGGAGGAGGAGGCCAAGAGGGAGGAGGAGGCGAAGGAGGCUAAGAAGAGGCCGCCUCCCCCCGCCAAGCCGCCACCGCUGCCGCCGCCGCCCUCCUCUGACGAAGAGAGUCAGUCGAGCAGAGAAAGGGAGCGGCGGAAUGUUGAGAAGACGGAGUUUGAGCGCACCAGUCGGUUUGAGGAGGCGAGGAAGCCCAGCGUGCCCGUUCUGCCGCAGCAACCACUGUCAUCGGCCAACACCACUGUCCCGUCGUCUUACUUCCCCGAGCACCGGCAGCAGCAGACGCAGUUCGGCUACCAGCAACACCAGCAGCAGCAGCAGAACUUCCCGGGCUACGAGCAGUACCACUACUCAGGCUACCCAUACCAUGAGUACCGCGGCACGUACCCGGCGGGUGUCAGCAACAGCCACCACUGGAGCGGCGGGGGAACCUCUGCCCAGCCCACGCCUCCCCCCCAGGCCUGGCCCGCCAACCACCCGCCUGGUCACGUGGGGAACGACCACCACCCAGCGCCCCCGCCACACCCACCCCCUCACCCGCCGCACCCACCCCACACGCCCCAUCCCCCUCAUACACCUCACCCCUCACACUCAUGGGAUGCUGCCACCCAGCGCUACCAUUACCAGCGCAACUCCCACCCCGAAGCCUUCGAGGGGCCGGGGGGGGCUGCCCCCGUUGCCCCGGCCGCCCCCCCCGGCCGGCCCAAGUCUGAGGAGCGGGUGGAGGGCGGCGAGGCGUCGGCCAGCACCAAGCCCAAGCCUGAGUCUGAGGAGGAGGAGGAGGACAAGAGCAGCCUGGACCUGGACACACGCAUCGCCAUGCUGCUGCAGAACAAGGACAGCGGCAUGGCCCCGCCCUUCAUGGCCAUCAACCUGGGCAGCGACGAGGACGAGGCGGGCAAGGACGCCUCACAGCCCUCAGAGGCGGGCCGGGACGGGGAGGCUGCCGCCGCCGCCGCUGCUGCUGCCGCUGCUGGCGCCUCUGCCGCCUCCACCUCCUCCAGCAGCUCCUCGGGGGAGACGGACUCCUCCUGCAGCAGCGGCAGUGACAGUGAGGUGGGGGAGGGGUCCCGGGGUUCCAGCACAGGGGAGGGACAGAUGGCAUGGGGGUCGGGGGGUGAGGGCCCCCAGGAGCCCCUCUCCACCCCUCCCUCCCCCUUCCUGUCCCUGGAGAUGUACCUGCACUGGCACGAGAAGAGCAACGAGCUCAAGAUGGAGGCCCAGCAGCGGGAGAGGGAGGAGAACAGGGAGCGCCUCAAGAAGCUCAAGAGGAAGAAGGUCAAGAAGAGGGAGAAGGCGGCGGCGGUGAAGGCCGAGGUGAAGGAGGAGGUGAAGGAGGAGGCGGGUGAGGAGGGUCAGGUCAAUGGCCUGGAUGACGACCGCAUGAGUCUGUCCAGCCUCAGCUCCACUGAGGACCCCAUCCUGCACCAGGACGUGCCCAUCCCCCCGGGGCCCUACUCCGCCCCGCCCCCCGGCUACCCACACUACGCCGCGCCCCCGGGCUACCCCACAUCCUACCUCCCCGGCAGCUACCCUGCUGCUGCUGCUGCCACGUCCCUGCCCCAGGAGGCCACCUACACCUGGCAGCCCCCGGGCUACCCCAGCGGCCUGGUGUCCAGCUACCCUGGGUACAACCCCGGCUACAUGGCCCUCUCCUCCACCCUGCCCCCCAUCACCCACCCUCCCCCAGGCACCAGCCUCCCGGGGCAGACCCAGUACCCCUACUUUGGCCCCGGCUACCCCGCGCCCCAGAGCGGGGACACCACACACAAGAGUGGCGAGUAUCACGACCCAACCAUCAACGCGGUUCUUGACACGGUGAUCGAGGAGCUGAAGAACAUUCUCAAGCGGGACUUCAACAAGCGGAUGAUUGAGGCGACGGCGUUCAAGACCUUCGAGGCGUGGUGGGACGAGCAGGAGAGGAAGUUCAAGGCUCAGUCGGUGGUGCGGGAGAACAACAGUGAGGUGGCGCCGGGCCCUCACGCCAGGAUGGAAAAGAUCAACUCCAUCUCGUCGCUACUGGAGACGAGGGAAGGGUUCGGCCUGGACUCCCUCGGCUCCCUCGGCCUGGGCUUCCGUGCGGCCAUGCCCAAAAUGCCCUCCUUCAGAAAGCGCAAGAUCAAGCCCCCCUCACCUCCCUGCAUGGACGAGGAUAGCCAUGGCCCCGUGUCAGAUGAGGACAGCAAACAGUCGGCGCCCAAGGUGGCGGAAUCCUCAGACUCAGACUCCGGCCCCGAGGACUCGACGCCUGUGCCCAAGACCAAACCCUCACCAGCCACCACCAAGAGGAAAACCAAGUGGUCCUCGGAUACGUCGGGAGGGAGCGUGGCGUCAUCCGAGGAUGAGGACAACAAGUAUGAGUCCUCCUCCUCCUCCUCCUCUAGCUCUGAGUCCUCAGGUUCAGAAUCUGAGUCGGAGUCGUCCACAUCGGAAAGUGAGGACGAGGAGAAGGAGGCAAGCGAGAAGACACCCGAGGAGGAGGAGAACGAGAAUCUGGGUCUGGAGGCGAAACCGAGGAAGAAAGUGGAGGAGGAGGAGCCCACGGAACUCAAGGAACUUCGGAAACUCGAGGAGGAAUUUGCGGCGGACGUUCGGUUGGUAGUGGAGGAUGUGAUGCGGACCCCAGAGCACGACCGGCCGCCCACCCCCCUACCGGAGCUGCCACCCAACCAGCUAGACGACGACGCUUGGAUGGGGGACGACGAGGAGGUGAUCGCACCCGCCCCCUGUCCCCCGCCCCACAAGAAGUCACCACCCGCCACUCCGAGAAAGACCACCGUCACCACCCCGCCCACCACCACCCCCACCACCAAGACCAAAAAGCCCCCCAAACCAAGAAAGCCCAAAUCCCCCGGUACCAAGAAGCCCACCAAGCCCACCCCCAUUACCUCCAAGCCCGACAAGACUCAGAAGGCCAAGGAAAGGAGAAAAGAAGAGCCUGUCACCGAGACUUCCGUGCCCACUCGGGAGGGUGACUCGGAGGUGCGUGAGGAUGUGGAUACGGACACGGCGGAUGAGAAGAGUGACCUUGAGGACGGCCUGGGUGAGUCAGCGGAGGCGGCGGAGGCACUCAUGGCCCUCGCCGGCGCUGAUGCCAACGGCCGGGUGCGCUCCUCUUCCUCCUCCUCCUCCAGCACCUCCACCACCUCCUCCUCAUCGGGCAGGACACCAGGCAGCACCGGGGAGGAGGAGCGGUCGCCGGUCCUCCUGGAACACAGCUACUGCCUCCCCUGGGCCCCCAAGGAUGGCACCAAUGCCUCGUUCCUACCCCCAGCAGAGGAAAUGGCUGAGAAGGAGAAGGAGCAGAAGAUGGUGGUGGGCAACACAGAUCACGACUACACGCGGCCUCGCACUCCCCCCGACGCCGACAAGGUUAAGGUCCCCAAGCUCGGUGCCAGCAAGACCAUCACGCCCAAGCCCCGCGGGAAGGAGAACAGGGAGAUGCAGGUUAAGAAGGAGGCGCUGGACAAGAGAAAGAUGCCCCCAGUGUCGUCGAAAGCCGCCUCUCGACUGGCCUUCAGACCUCGCAACCAGAUGGACGAAUACAAUGUUCUCUAUUCCUUCCUUAUACGCGGGAUUGACCAGGAAGACAUUGAGCUUCUAAAGAGGAGUUACGAGAGCAUGUUGGCGGACGACAGUCAAUCCUACUGGCUCAACGACACUCACUGGGUGGACCAUCCGCCCAUCGACGUGCCGCUCCCACCCAAGAAGAAGAGGCGGCUGGACGACCUGCCGCUGCACAAGACUGGCUGUGCGCGGACGGAAGGCAUCUACAAGGUGGACUCCAAGCAGAAGCAGAAACAUAAGUUCACCUUCCACCAAGACCAUGCGGAGAGGGCCGGCGAGGAGGCGCAGCAGCAGAGUCUGGCGGUGCUGGAGUCAAGCAAGGCCAAGCUGACCCAGAUGGCCGUCAGCAGGGAGGUGCGGUCCUUCCAGAGGCGACUCCUCACCGCCUUUGGCAACGAGACCGAUUCUGAUUUGCUCAAAUUCAACCAACUUAAGUUCCGCAAGAAGCUGCUGAGGUUCGGGAAGUCUCGCAUCCACGACUGGGGUCUCUUCGCCAUGGAGGCCAUCGGGUCGGACGAGAUGGUGAUAGAGUACGUCGGGCAAAGCAUCCGGUCCAUCAUUGCUGACCUGCGGGAGAUCCAGUACGAGAAGAUCGGCAUCGGGUCGUCCUACCUCUUCCGUAUCGACAUGGAGACGAUCAUCGAUGCGACCAAGUGCGGGAACCUGGCGCGCUUCAUCAACCACUCCUGCAACCCUAACUGCUAUGCAAAGAUCAUCACUGUGGAGACGCAGAAGAAGAUCGUAAUUUACUCCAAGCAGCCGAUAGCAUGCGGCGAGGAGAUCACGUAUGACUACAAGUUCCCAAUUGAGGAGGAGAAGAUUGUGUGUCUGUGUGGAGCGGCGCAGUGCAAGGGAACGUUGAACUAAGAGGGUUAUGAGGGUAGAGUGCAGUCGGUAACGCGUAGCGAGGAAUUACGUACAAGUUCCCAGUUGAAGAGGAAAUUGUGCGUCUUUAGAGAGUGGCACAGUGCAAGGAAACGGAUAAUUAAGAAGGUUUUAAAAAGUAAAGUGCUGUCAUUAGUGUGUGGCGAGGAAAUUACAUACAAGAUCCCAGUGAAAGAGAAAAUUGUGUCUGUCGAGAGUGGCACAGUGCAAGGGAACGGUUAACUAAGAGGGUAUAGAAGAGUAGAGUGAAGUGUAUGGCGAGGAAAUUACGUACAAGAUCCCAGUGGAAGAGAAGAUUGUACGUCUGUCAAGAGUGGCACAGUGCAAGGGAAUGGUUAAUCAAGAGGGUAUUGAAAAGUAGAGUGAAGUGUAUGGUGAGGAAAUUACAUACAAGAUCCCAGUGGAAGAGAAAAUUGUGUCUGUCAAGAGUGGCACAGUGCAAGGGAACGGUUAAUUAAGAGGGUAUAGAAAAGUAGAGUGCUGUCAUUAGUAUGUGGCAGAACGUGGCAAGGAAAUUACGAAGAAGUUCCCAAUUGUGUGUCUGUCGAGAAUGGCACAGUGCAAGGAAACUGAAAGAAGGUAUUGAAAAGUAGAGUGGAGUUUGUAGCAUGUGGCGAGGAAAUUACAUAUAAGUUCCUGAUUGUGGAAGAUUCUGUGUCUGUGUAUCAAUCCAGUGCAAGUGUUCAAUAGCAGACCAUGAGCAUUAGUUGACAGCCAUAGUGAGAGUCAUCAACAGGUAACACAACUCAGUGCACCAGUAUCCUAACAUAAGACUCCUUGGUGCUACAGUGGAGGAAAUAGAAAGAAAUUGGAGGAUAUGAAAAAUUUUGGUGAUGGAAAAGAAAAUGGUAAAUGGAUAAUGAGGAGGAAGAGCGAGAGAGAAGGAGGGGAUGUGAAUUAAGGGUACGGAAAAUAUAGUGAUUGAUAAGGAAAUAAAAUGACUUAAAUAAUGACGAUGAAAAGGAGGAGAAGGAACUGUUUUAAGCGAUGUGGCAGAGGAGCGUAAACUCAGAAAGGAAGGACUUGAGUUGUCAGUCACGAAAAAAAGUAAAACGUCAAAAGAGAUGCAUCAAAGUGUAGCCUAAGGAGGGAGAGAGAGAGAGUUCUACGUCUAGUGUUAUGAGAAAAAUAAGUCCCUGAGUGAAUAUUUAGGACUUAAGAAAAUGUUUUAAACUAAUGAUAAACUCUUGGACGUAGGCACAUGGAGGGUCUUUCUAUGUGUUCCCUUUGCUAACCAGGCCAAGAAUUGCUUACUAUGCUAUUGAAGAGAGCAAACACACACCACCAAAACAACCAUAUGCUUUUAACACCACCAGAGUUGAUGUACAAGAAAAGGUUAUAACAUGUCCCUUUGCUAACCAGGCCACCAAGAAUUGCUUACUGUUGGUCUGAACUCUGUGUUAUUGAAGAGAGCAACCACACACCACUAAAACAACCAUAAGCUUUCAACACCACUAGCUUAGAUGUACAGGAAUUGGUUAUAACAUGUCCUUUUGCUAACCAGGCCGCCAAGAAUUGCUUACUGUUGGUCUGAACUCUGUGUUAUUGAAGAGAGCAACCACACACCACUAGAACAACCAUAUGCCUUUAAUACCACUUAGCUUAGAUGUACAGGAAAAGGUUGUAACAUGUCUUCGCAAGCAAGGCCGAGAAUUGCUUACUGUGUUAUAUAAGAGAUAAAAACACACCACCAAUACAACCAUACUAGCUUUGAUGUACAGGAAUUGGUUGUAACAUGUCUCUUCACGAACAGGCCGCCAAGAAUCGGUUACCUUAGUCUUGGUUUGAGCUCAGUGUGUUAGACCCAUAUUAUUCAACGUAUCAAUCUCCCAGUACGGCUAUUUCCAAAGGCCACAGAAACGACUGACCGGGUUUUCAUGGGUGUUUUCCCGUUCAAGACGCAGAAGUCGUGUAAAACUAUCUGAGGCGCCACGUUCAAUAUUGGGGUAAGCGCCAGUUUUUUGGUUGGUUUUAAAGCUAGAAUCAUCAUUUUGAUACCAAAAUGAAGCUUAUGUAAAGACAAAACUUCCCGUGUUAUGUACGAAGCACAAAAAGAAAAAAGAAACAAAAUAACGCAAAAUUAAUAGCCUAAUAAAGCGACUACCGCCCACUCUUCAGAGCCUACAGACUUAAAGUGACGGCAAAACUCCCCUCAAGCAGAGAUGCCGUGAGUCGGAAGAUAAUGCAAAUUGUUGUAAUUAAUGUAGCUUGUCAUGUUCACUCAGAAAGAACUAGUUAAAAAUUGUCACUAGUCAGUUAUAAAAAAGUACAACAAACAAAAGUACAUUAAGUCAGCAGUUGAAUAUCAAACAAAGUUAGAAAUUGUACGAAAAAUUAAUUAGAUCGGCUAGACAUGGCAACUGUGUCACUUCCUCCCAGAGCCCGCUGGAGACUUACACCAUUACUCCACGCCAGCAUGCCCACCCUACCUUGCGCGGACCAUACAUUUGAGCGAGAUAUGUUUUUCCCAAGACUUUUUACCCUAUUUCCAGUGUUGAUUUGGGGUAAACGACUUGCUCGGAUAAAAGAGGAAGGGUCAAAAUAGUUGUAUAUGAUCGUAACUCCAAACUCACGUGGUUGGCGCUUACCCCAAUAUUGCAUGCGGCGCCUCAUCUCCAGGAUCACAAAACUCUCCAUGAAGAUAAAAAGAUAGAGAAAGUAGCACAUCCUCCCAUAGUGACGUUCUUUGGUAUCAGUGAAGACAAGGGAUCAAGUAACAGGAAAUUAGGUCAAAGAGAAGUAUAAAAAGAAAAAGGUUACGAAUCAUCUAUGGAGAAAAUAGCACCUCCUCCCAUAGUGACGUUCUUUGGUAUUAGUGAAGACAAGGGAUCAAGUAACAGGAAAUUAGGUCAAAGAGAAGUAUAAAAAGAAAAAGGUUACGAAUCAUCUAUGGAGAAAAUAGCACAUCCUCCCAUAGUGACGUUCUUUGUUAUUAGUGAAGACAAGGGAACAAGUAACAGAAAAUUAGGUCAAAGAGAAGUAUAAAAAGAAGACGGUUGCGUAUCAUCUAAUAGCACCUCUUCCCAUAGUGACGUUCUUUGGUAUAGUGAAGGCAAGGGAACAGUCAGGAGGUUCAAUUUUGUGUUGGUCAUACUGCUAGGCACUUCACACGACACAUAGGUAUACCGUGACAACCGUGGUUCAGACCUGUAUCUCUAUCACUACCUUCCUUUCAACGACCGUAUGACCAAUAUCUGCUAUGCCUGCACCCUUAUAUUCCAGCCUGGAGUGUGUUUAUUGGGUUCUCGGAUACUUACGUUACGAACUUUACUCUUUGUAUGACAUUGUAUACAUUCAUAUAAUCACUCUCAACCACGACUACCUAUUCACGACGAGGCAACUCAAUCUCUUCUUGGUAUGUUUUCCGGUUCUGCUGUAACUGAGACUCAAAAGACCGGUAUUAUCAAACGCUGUGGGGUCUUGUUAUGUCUACUUUUCAAGGCCAGAGAGGAGAUAUGUCGGGUUGCCAGGAGUGUUUGUCCCGUUCGUAACACGGCAACCUUGCAAAACUACCACCAGGGUCAUGAAACCACCCUUGGAAACUUGGAAGCCUUGCAGAACUACCACCAGGGUCAUGAAACCACCCUUGGAAACUUGGAAGCCUUGCAGAACUACCACCAGGGUCAUGAAUCCACCCUUGAAAACACCGACAACUUCCACAAGAGCCUAGAUGUACUAAGGCUCCGUAGAGUGUAAUACCAUGGAUCAAACAGCCAAGCACGCGUCUGAGCUAUGGGACGCAAGUGAAACUAACGUAACAGACUAGAGGGAACGCCACAGCAAGGAGCAAGGGAAGUGACACUCAUUACCUCACGUUGGGUCCUUGCAUUGCGCCGGACCACUUGCCACUCUUUGUUCUACCUAAUGAAUGCUAGGCCAAGACCAUUUUGUACGGAGUAGCUUAGUGGGGGCGAGGGAGGGAGAGAGAGAGAGAGAGAGAGGGGGUGGGGGGGAAGUGGGUCCGACGAGUCCUGCUUCCCGUAUUAUAAAAUCUCAGUAACUUAUGGGUAUCGCGCGUACACUUUUAGUUUUGUCUUCCUCCACAGUCUAAUUUGUGUGUUAGUGUUUAAAGAGCACAGGUUCAUCCCUCUAGGUGCAUCUGUAGUCAUUACCAAGUCACCUUUGUUUGUAUAUAUGCAUGUGGCGACAAGGAGGGUUGUGUUACGUGCCAAAGUUUGAUAAAGGACCAGCUACCGUGUGCAUAUGUUUGUGUAUAUGUGUGUGUGUGUGUGUGUGUGUGUGUUUUCUCAUCAGCUGGCUUCGUAUUCUUCCAUAUCCACACUUAUUUCAUUUCCAUUCAUGCACAUACACUCAGACUAGUAAUUUUUCCAUAUGUUUUAACUCAACCGAAUCCUGUUUUGACUGAAAUGAAGUUGACUGUUAAGCAACAUCCAGAAAAUUUUCCCUGACAUUUAAGAAGAUUUAACACUUUACCAUUACUAUUUUAUUUUUAUUUCUAUUACUCUACUACUACUUUACUAUUUCCCUGUGACCAGUCUGACUCUCUCACGAAGGCAGCAGUUGAACAAAUCAUUACCAAACUCCUUCAUCUUACUCUCUUCCUCAUGCUUAUUCUUAUUCGUUUAAUGCCCUUAUUUUCCUUUAUGGGGUUGGACGAAAUCUUUGACAAACAUAGGGCAUACUUUACCAUGAUAUUUAACCCGUCCGCUGCGAUUGGCACGGAUUUCUCCUUCACUGGUAGCCUGGUAACAUAUCCUCCCAGGUCUUUCUCUGCCUCUGUGGUAGAUAGUGAAGUGUUUCCCAUGUGGUAUUGGUAUGCUGGAUUUCCCCUUCCAAGGUGCAUGACUUUACAUUUUUCUUCAAUGAACUGUAGCAGCCACUUUUUGUUCCAUUCCUGUAUAUUGGUGAUGUCUUCUUGUUGGAAAUCCACAGACAAGGGGUUAAGCAGACUGGGAACAUCUUAUGACUAUUUGACCAGCCUUUCCCUGUUAGAAUGGCAGCAUGCAGACAACCUUAUUAUGUAUAGAAAGGGAACUAUUUGUAUCCAUCUCUCCGUUCGUACUUAAUAUCUUCACACUUGGUUGACAUGGAUGAUCUUACUUCACUAUACUACACAGUUUGACAUUUUGCUGCACCUAUUGUUGUGUGUGUGUGUGUGUGUGUGUGUGUGUUAUUGUAUCUGAGUUUCAAUUUGUUUUUGUUUUUCUCUUUCUCUGUCUUUCCCGUCCCUUUACUAGUGUGUGUAUGUAUGUUUGUGUAUGUGUGUGUGCGUGUGUGUAUAUUGGUCUCAGCAUUAAAUAAACAGACAUAAACUUUCACGAGGCACCAAAUUAUACGACUUCCGUCACGAGAACGCUGCGGAAACCUAAAAAGAAUCAACGGUAACGCGAACGGCACUUGAACACACUAAGAAAUGUUUACGUGUGGUGGGACGUCUUCAGCUUUCGCAACAGGACCAAGACAAAGGAAUAUAAUGUACUAUAGGGAGACUCUAUAUUGUAAAGCUAAUGUAACAUAACGCUAAGGGCUGUAUUGCAAAUCGAAUCCGAGAAAUAUUGGAUUCCUACAAAAUUCGGGAUGAGUAACUAUAGGGAUUCAAAACUUCUCGGAUUCGUCUUGCAAUACGGGCCAUAGACGGAGGAUUAUAUAUAUAUGUAUAGGAGGGCUUGGGAAGACGUGUAUUGUGACUAUGGAAAAAAGGAGACUGUGGAUAUAUGUCUGGUACUAAAAGGAGGGUGAAUGUAAGCUAAGGAGAAUAUAUUAUGAUUCGAACUACAAGAAAAAUUGAUGGGGGUGGGGCUUGGGAGGGGAGGGGGGACGGCAAUAGCUUCUUCGUAACUUUAUUUAUUUUAUUUUUUUGUUUAUUUUUUCUCCAGUGUGAGAGGGUGUGGAAUCAUAGAGUGUAAGGCAGAAGAGUGACUUUUUUGUUGUUUUUUCUUUCUAUUUAUUAAUUUUUUUCUGGUAUUUGUGUCCCUAAAAUGUGUAGUGGAGUGGGAGUACCCGUGAGUGGGCAUGACGGUGGUGAGGGCGUGCCGGUGGAGUGGGGAGCAUAGUGAAUAGGAGUGGGAGAGGGAGUGAGUGAGGACUAUAUAGUAAAAUAGUGUGAGUGGGAAGUGCCAGGCAAGGAUGGAGUGUGUGUGUGUGUGUGUGUGUGUGUGUGUGUGUGUGUGUGUGUGUGUGAGGCCUGUGUUAAUGUAUCCAGAUUGUACAUAACAUAUCCAGCUACUACCAUUACUACUACUACUACUACCACUACUACUACUACUACUACUACUACUACUACUACUACUACUACUACUACUACUACUACUACUACUACUACUACUACUACUACUACUACUACUACUACUACUACUACAGACUCUGAUAUCCCUUACCGACAGAGUAUUUUUUUCUUCAUACUGAAGAGAAACCGGCUUGGGGCCAUGUGUGUGUGCGUGUGUGUGUGUGUGUGUGUGGUGGUAGUGGUGGUGGUGGUGGCAGUGGUGGUGGUGGUGAACAUGGAUGACUCUUAGGGUCCGCUCACCUUUAAGUAUAGGACACCCAUGACCCUUAUUGACCUCAUAGCAUGCAUACCAUCACCACCACCACCACUACCGCCACCACCCGAGCCUCGUCAGGGGGUGUUUCAGAGUGGCGUCCACCCCCCCGGUACAAACUUAGACACUUUUUUGGGGGGUGGCGUCGGUGGGUGUGGCCUUGCCCGGGAACGCAUUUCAUUUUUUUAGCUAUUGUACUAUUUAUGAUGUUUUGAGGAACUUUGUGUGGUACAGUUUCAUUGUAAUUUGUAUGAUAUGUAAAUAGACUGUGUACUUUUGUA